UGAUGUGGAAAUUAAGUGAAAACAAGCAAAGGAAGUGUAUGAUUAGAUGGGUGUAGUGUAGUACAAUGAUUUUUUGUUACUGCAUCUCAACAGGUAAAAAAAAGGGUUUUUAUAGAAUAUCAAUUUGAAGCCAUUAAAAAUCUUCAUAGAUGUAACACACAAGAAUGUUUGGUUGAAAAAGCAACCUACUAAGGGGGGGGAUGUAUUGACCAAAAGGAUAGAUUGGAAUGUUCUUCUAAAAAUGGAAACUGAUAAUUUGAGGUGAAUCAGCUUUUCCCCUGAUACAUUUAGUACCAAAUUUGGUUUUGCAUGCCAUCAGAUUGUCCAGGAUAUUAUUCCUUUUGUAAGUUAUAUUAAAGCAGCAAAAGUCUGAAAUUGGUCAUUAUUAGUGGCAGUACUUCUGUAGCUAGCUAAUGAGCAUCCUCAAACUCUGUAAGCAUUGAUGCUUUGAGCAGCUGAGACUAUUUAGUAAGACUUAGCUAUGUUAUGCUCCAAUUCAAAUGAUAUUACAAGAUUUUCUCUGGCUUUACCUUAGGUGUACUUGUCUGAGAUUUUUUUUAUUAAUAAUGUAACUUUCUCCAUAUUCCUUCAUCUUUUUUUUUUUUAAUUUUUUUAUUUUUUGAGAAAGACUUGUGUCCAUAUUCCAAUUGAACUUCUUGAUUACAGUGAGAUUGUUGGGGGUUUAGUUCAUUCAUAACAGAGCAGUCUGAAAAUCGGACUCACUGUAACCGAUUCUAGGAUUUUGAUUUAUUUUGGCCAUCGAUGCUGUAAUCUAUCACCUUUGUACUCAAAAGGAAUGCUAGAAUAUUCAAUGGCACUAUGAGGACUGAACAAAGCAUUUUUCAAGCAAUCAAGUUGGAAGUAACAACAAGGAUUGGCUGCUGUAAAUACUUUAAAGUGAACCAUUCCUAAAAAGAUUUUGUGUAGCAUGUAGAGAUUCCUGUUUCAAAUUUAAGAGUGUAAAGGACAGUAGGCAGAGUAGUUGAGUUGCAUUGAUUUUGUACAGUUUGUUUCACUGUUUGUUAUAAUGGUGUUUGGGCUCAAUUAUAUCUUACUGAUACCUUAUAUAAAAAAUAGUGUUGCCAACAAUGUUAGAAACUACUCUCAAGUUUCGUAUUCCUAUAAUAAAGUCUGCAACAAAGCAGUUUUGGAGGAACUAAAAUCUGCUCAAUCCCUUCAACCUGCUUCUAGAUGCUGCAAAGAGAUUACUGAUUAUGUGGUGGCAAACUCGGAUCCUUUUAUACCAACUAGGAAUCGGAAGAUCCGUCGGCCAUGUCGCUUCUGGAAAUGGCUCUGUGGAAUGCCAUGUUUUAACCUCUCAUGGAUCUGCUGUUGCUGCUGUACCGGGUGCUCAAAUCAUCUAGAAAGGCCGCGCUGCAGCUGCUGCAGCUGUGACUGCAAUCCAUGCAAGUAUUGUUCAUGUAAUCCGUGUAACUGUUGUUUCUGUGUUGGUUGUCAUUUUCCAAAGUGGCGGUGGUGUUGCUCUUGUCCCCGUUCAAAUUGCUGUAGAAAAGUCUCAUGCAGAAGCAACUGUUGCCAUUUCCCAUCUCCUUCAUGCCCUGAUUGCUCUUGCUGCAUAUGCAGAUGCUCAUGUCCUAAAUGUCCAAAGGUACGCCCUCGUUGCUGUUGUACAGACAUCUGUUGUAACCCUUGCUAUCUAUGUUACUAGUAUAUUCAAGCAAUUCCAUUUGGAAGCUUUGUUCCUCAACAUGACCUUUUAUUUUAAAUGGAAUAUAAACUUUGCAAAUAUGGAAGGAUAUAACAUAGUAUCAUCAAGUGCCAUUAUAAAUGGGUGGUAUUAGACAGAUCUAUGAAGGAAAUUGGUGUCCUCUGCCCUGGA